UAAUCAAAUAGGUGUGCAUUGGUGUGCGCGUGUAGUCACACGAUGCACCGUGUCGAUGUGUGUGCAGCGUCGAGGCAAUGAUGUGCACGGAGUAACCCUUAUUACAAGAUUCGCUCCCGCCGCGAUCGCACGUACAAUAGCUGUCGCCAGUCGACCUCUUUUGUCGUGCGAAGUGCGAACUUAACUUGUUUACAUCGGCUAGUCGGAGCGAUGCAUGGUGCGUUUCGCGCGGUUGUGUCAUUGGCCUCAGCCGAUUAUCGCUAAAUUACGUGUGAAUUACGGACAAUGUUCUAAGAGUUGCGUCAAAACUUUUUGUGUGAACUUUUCGAGCUCAGACCGUGAUCUCUUAGCGCCAAAUUUUGAACUAUUCCUGUGCCAUCGAAAGAGUGAGAAAGUGAACUUUUUGAAGAUUUUUCUACAGAACUUUUACAAAAAUAUUGUCGUUUGUACUUUGAGGCAAUAACUACUCAAAAGUGACCCUAAAACUGUAUUUGCAAAUCAUAAAAAUUUGCUGUGAAUUUUCGAAGUGAGCCUUCUUCAAGAAAACAGAUCUGCUGAUAGAUGCAAAUAUUCACCAGAUCUUGAUUCCGACAUCCAAGCGGGACACAUAUCAUUUAUGCAUACAAAACAAACGGCGAUCUAUCCACGAUUCCUCCGUAGAAAAAGACACUACGCCCGACAAAGAUGGCUAUAGCGUUCAACCUGCCUAGUGAGAGAGAGGCGACAGAGGAGAACUUCUCUAGACUUAACAGGCUCCUGGCUGAGCUUUACGAGGUUCUGUGUCACAUCCUGGUGUCUCGACAGCCCGGGCAAGAAACUCUGGCCCAGGACACGCGUCGAGAUGCCGUCCGACCUUACCACUCCGAGUCCGAUAUCGACCGUCCGGCCAUCGAGCCCCAAUGCCGUCUCUCCGCCUCAUCAUCCCCCCACUCUCCCUGACCUUCGACGACCUGGAGGAUGAC